GGUUGGGAUAUUUGUAAUGGGUUUAGCUUUGUCUUUUGCUGCUGCCAAUUUCUGUGCAAUUAAUUGCGCAUAUUUUCUGGGACUUCUGAAUUAAUUCUUUUAACCUCUGUUUGGAGGCUGAGAAACCUGAUGGAAAGGAAAUGAAAAAGAGAAUAAUGGUUUAAUUCUAUGCUUUAUACUGUUUUGAUGAGUAAAGAUUAAAAAAAAAAAAAAAAAUCUGAGAAAAAAACCUAGACUUUUUGCUCAGGUACGGUGGGUUAUUGCUUUUUGUAAUGGUCCAUUGUGCUAUUGUGCUUAAUAAGGGGUUUCGUUCAGGAACUAUCCAUGAUAACAUUUUCACCCUCUACUUACAUGCCAAACCAAAAUCUUGUAAAUAAACAUAAAAAAUUCCAUAAUUACAAUAAAAUGCCUGAAUUGAAAGCUCCUAUUAUAUGCUGAUAAUGGUUGUGGUUAGCUCAUUUGUGUAUAUGUGGUGUGAGAGCUGCUGAGAAGAUGGAUUGCAUACUUUAGUUUGUCUAUUGUUGCAAAUACCUUGAAAAAACAGCAAUCAGAGGGGAAGUAACUAUCGAGAGUAAAUUUAUGACAUCCACCUCAUGAUGGAGGUGUUGAAAAUUGCAGUACUCUUUUUAGGAGCUUUUGUUGUCACUAUUGCACUUUCAUAUGGAGUAUCUGUGUCAUGUAUGAUGGUGUAUGAUGAAGGUGGUGUUUCUGCCGUGUUACAGUCUCCCGAAUGUUCUAGGUGGGUUCUCUCUUCUGGUUACCCUCGAAAUCAGACUGUGAACUGCCAGGCUGCCACAUUUCAGGGAAGUAGAGAAUACCAAGAGGAUCGUUUAUUAUGUGAUCUUCAUAUGAAAAUACCGCUUCUCGGAAAAACUGGGCUUGAGGAAUUUACAAUUGGUCUUGUGGCAGUAUUUGAUGGUCAUGGCGGUAAUGAAGCUAGUGACAUGGCUUCUAAACUUCUUUUGGAUUACUUUUACAUGCAUGCUGUGUUCAACUCAUACAAGCUAAUGACACGGUACAGGGGAGUUCUACCUGUAACUGAGGAUGAUGUUAUGCAGUUGGAAAUACUAAGAGAAGCAUUAUUAAACACAAUCCAUGAAGUCGACUUUAAAUUUUCUCAGGAUGCUUUUGAAAAGAAGCUUUUCUCAGGAUCCACAGCUACUGUAGCUCUUCUUGUUGAUGGGAAGAUUUUAAUUGCCAAUGUUGGUGACUCAAAGGCCCUUCUAUGCACAGCGAAUAUUGAGUCUGGUAAUUUGACAGCCAAUCUUUCAGCUAUUGAACUGACAGAAGAUAAUCAUCCAGAUAGAGAUGAUGAACGAGCUCGAAUUCAGGCAGCUGGUGGUUCGAUUAUUGGGUUGGGUGUUCCUCGAGUCAAUGGUAUACUCGCUGUGUCCCGAUCCAUUGGUGAUGUGUAUCUAAAGAGAUAUGGUGUUACAGCUGUGCCUGAGGUGACUGGCUGGCAACCUCUAAAUGUCAAUAAUAGAUAUUUGGUGGUAUCAUCUGACGGAACUUUUGAAAGCUUGACACCGGAAGAACUAUGUGAUCUUAUACAUGAUUCAGGUUCUUGCUUGGCUUCAUCCUCAUUGGCCGAAUGCAUAGUCGAGACAGCAUUCGAGAAAGGUAGCAUGGAUAACUUGUCAGUUAUUGUAGUUCCACUAUUUUGAUUUUCUAUGAACCUUUAAGGAGAAAGAUAUGAGAAUUCAAUAGUUGGCUUUAGUAAAAUUGUAGUCAUACCUAUGUACAGUCAUUAUUUUAUACUAGUUUUGUAGUAUCAGGUGCACGUUUCCUCCAUUUUAUCAAAUGGAACAUGACAGAUCUGAACUUCAA